AACUUUGUUGAGGAGAGUCCCAGAACAGUGUAGGAACGUUGACACAGUGGUUAGGGAGAGGCAAGAGAAGUUUUAAAUAACUUUUUUCUUCCCAAUCUGGGAAUACAAGCUACCUGGUAUAUCAGGAAUUAAAGCUAAAAUCGAUACAAUAAUAUUAUUUUUCAUGUCAAUGAUUUGGAGAAUCGGAAAAUACACACGGGAUAUAGUCUAAGUAUAAAACUUUGUUUUGAAGAAAUAUAAUCUAGUGUAGAUUUUGGACGGACUGAUCGUAACUAAGCGUAAAGAUUUUAAGGAUUUUAACGUUUGGGUUUUUUUUUUUGUAUUGUCUAUUUUCCCAAAGAAAAUGAACACCAAUUCUCUCCACCCUCUGCCGGGACAGCAAGUCAUCCAUGUUGCCCAGGACCUCGACACUGAUCUGGAGCAGCUCUUCAAUUCGGUCAUGAACCCCAAGCCGAGUUCCUGGAGAAAAAAGCUUCUUCCAGAGUCUUUUUUCAAGGAGCCAGAGUCCGGCUCGCAUUCCCGGCAGUCUAGCACCGAUUCGGGCAGCCUCCCUCCCCGGUUGACGGUUCAACACGUCCGAUCACAUUCCUCCCCUGCUUCACUCCAACUUGGGACCGGAGCCAGCGGGACCCCCAGCCCGGCUCAGCACGCACAUCUCCGCCAGCAGUCGUUCGAUGUCGCCGAUGAACUACAGUUACCACCAGGUUGGGAAAUGGCAUUCACCCCGUCCGGACAGAGAUAUUUUCUAAACCACAUGGAAAAGAUAACCACAUGGCAGGAUCCACGAAAGACCAUGAGCCAAGCGAUGAACCAGAUGAGCCUCCAUCCACCGGCCGCAUCCACCCCAAUGCAGCAGAGAUCGAUGGCAAUGUCUCAACCAAACCUGGUGAUGCACCAGCAUCAUCACCAGCAGCAGCAGCAGCAGCAGCAGCAGAUGACCUCCAGUCCUCCAGUCUCCCAGCAGAACCUCCCAACCCCCAACGCCCAGGCCGGGAUGAUGAACCUGCCCAAUGCGCUGACCGCCCAGCAGCAGCUCCAACAGAAGAUGAGGCUGCAGAGGAUCCAGCUGGAGAGAGAGCGCAUCCGCAUGAGACAGGAAGAGCUCAUGAGACAGGAGGUGGCGCUGUGCAGACAGCUUCCCAUGGAAUCGGACAAUCUGGCUCAAGUGCAGACGGCAGUCAACACACCCGCCAUGACGCAGGACAUGAGAACCAUGCCAACCAACGGCUCUGACCCCUUCUUAAACAGCGGACCAUACCACUCCAGGGAACAGAGCACAGACAGCGGGCUAGGGUUAGGCUGCUACAGCAUCCCCACCACUCCCGAAGAUUUUCUCAACAAUGUCGAUGAAAUGGACACUGGAGAGAGCAUGGCUCAGACCGCCAUGUCAGUAAACCAGCAGAGCCGCUUCCCAGACUUUCUGGACUCGCUCCCGGGAACCAACGUGGACCUCGGCACGCUGGAGGGAGAAGACCUGAUCCCGAUCCUCAACGACGUGGAGUCCGUGCUCAACAAGAGCGAACCCUUCCUCACCUGGCUCUAGGCUCCAACAAGCACAAACUGUUCUGAUUUCCUUCCGGGAUUAGAGGGCGAGGGAGGCAGAG